AAUGCAGCGGCUUUUUUAAAAUAAUAAAUUAUUUUACAAAUUUAAAUAUAUUUUGUUUAUGUGCAAGGUAAUUAUUGAGAUAAUUCUGAAAAGAUUGCUAAUGUUAAAAAUCGUAAAACAGACUGUCAUAAAGCGAGUUUCUUACUGAACUAAAACUAAAAAAAUUUGUACGGAAGGGCGAAAAUUUCAAGUUUCGCCACUGCCUCACGUUACUGGCAAUGAGAGUAUAUAUACAUACUUUAAACAACGCACCUGGUGAUUCUUUGCAGUUUUACAUUUGCUCUUAUACUGGGCGCUAACUCUCUGUGCUUCGUGGAAUAUACAUAAAAUUUUACCUCAUCCGGGGUAUUUCAUUUUUCGUAAUCAAUUUUCUACAGUGAUUUUUAAUAGGAUGUGUAUUAGCAAAAAAAUAAAAUUGUUUAUUUAAUGUCGAUUAUUUAAUUGUCAAUUUAAAUAUGUGAAUUUACUAUUCUAACAAACAAUGGGACCGUGUUUCAAAUCCGACAAAAAAUCGGCGCACAGUUUAUUGAGUUUGGAAUAAGUAUAUGAAGGCUUAUACGCAAUAUGUUACGACUGGACAAUCAGCUCCGACCGAAGGAAGGUUGCAAAAUCUUCAAAGCAUAUUCCUAGACCUUCUCAUUCCUAAGGAACCUGGUUUAACGAGAGUAAGAAAAAUGGAUCUGAGGGAUGGAGCUGAGAGAAGAAAUAACGUAAAAGUAUUGGAUUUUAUUGGCCUGGUGGAACAAUACGAUUAUCCCGCCGAGGAGCAUAACGUCACAACAGAAGAUGGUUAUAAUUUGAAGUUACACAGGAUACCUGGAAGUCCAUCGUUCGAUAGCAAGAAUAAGAAAGAAAUUGUGUUCAUCCAACACGGUAUUUUGGCUUCGUCUGAUAGCUGGGUAGUGUACGGUACUGGUAAAGAUCUUGCCUUUUUAUUAGUAGAUCAAGGAUAUGAUGUAUGGAUUGGAAAUAUGAGAGGAAAUACUUACUGCAGAUCGCAUACGAAUAUGACGAUAUACGAUCCUAAAUUCUGGCAAUUUAGCUUUCACGAGCUUGGAACAAAAGAUCUACCAGCCAUGUUUGAUUACAUUUUCAAUUAUACACAGCAAACAGAUUUAUAUUAUAUUGGUCAUUCAAUGGGAACAACUUCGAUAUUUACUCUUCUGUCAUCAAAACCAGAAUACAAUAUGAAAAUGAAAAUGGUUAUUUGCCUAGCUCCAGUUGCUUUUUGGACGAAAGUAACACCUUCAUUCAAUGGAAUAGCUAAUACUCUUGUAUCAUUGAAGAAAAUUUUUAAACAGCAUGAAAUAUACGAUGUCUUCCCACAAUGUUGGUCGACUAUUAAGAUAGCAAGAACAUUUUGUAAUGACAAAGCAAUAACUCAAAUUAUUUGCGUUACUAUAUUGUUCUUUAUCGUGGGUCCUGAUCCAGCACAACUUAACACUACAACCUUGCCAGAAAUAUUAUCCUAUUAUCCAGCUGGUACUUCUAUACAGACGUUCGAUCAUUAUUACCAAAAUUUACGUAAAAAUGAGUUUCGAAUGUAUGAUUAUGGCGUGGCUGAAAAUUAUGAGCGAUACAAACAGAAAAAACCCCCGAGUUAUGAUCUUAAAAAGAUUACAGCCCCGACAGUUUUAAUUUACUCAGAUAAUGAUAAUAUUGUUCCAGAAGAGAAUGUGCUGGAACUUAGCAAACGUUUACCAAACGUUCUUCUAACGGAGAAAGUUCCAUAUAAACUUUUCAAUCACGCAGAUUUCAUGUGGGCAAUCGACGUGAAAACUCUUUUAUACGAUCGUGUAUUAGAACUAAUACAAAAGUUUGAUGUUAAACAAAAUAAAUUUCUGAAAUGAAUCUAAUUAAUAAUGCAAAUGAAAAGAAAAGUAGUCUUACCUUUCGUAUAGAAAUUGGAAAGUUGAUAAACGUAGAAGUGUUAACAAAAUUAAUAAUUUACAUACAUGCCUGUGUAUUUUUAAAAUUAUAAUGCUAAUAUAAAAU